AUGAGAUAGUGUUUCAGAGAUGGCAAGAUCUGUAAUCUAAUUGUAAAAGUGGAAUAGAUUUGAAGAAAUUAACUUUAUUAAACUUGUAAAUCCAUUGAGAAAAGGGAGGACUAUGAAGAGCUUUCUGGAAUUCGUGCCUUGCUUCGGCUACCCGAAUCAACCGACUGUGCCGAUAACUCCAUCGCGCAGGGAAGAGUCACGAUCUUUGCCGUGUAGGCAACGCCGCCGAUUGAACAGAUCGAACUCUGUCUCGUCGGCGGUGGCUCAGUGGCAGCCUACGCUUUGUGCGAUUUCGGAGGAUAAAGUAAUCUCGGUUGUGGUAGGGAAAGCAGAGGAAGCUACAAAAUCCGGCAAGAAAGUGGCCCGGAAAACCCCUUCCAGGGCUGAAAUUGGCGUCCAUACCAGAUAUGGUGACAACUUCGCGCGAGCUUCAGUUCCGUUGGCCAUACCUGCGUUCUCCCCGACGGCAUUCUUAUUUUGAAGGAUAUAUCAUCGACGGUGUCGUCCGGCAAGCCCACCAGAACUUCUGCUUUCUCAUUU